GCCUCUGCCUCCCGAGUGCUGGGAUCAAAGGCUUGCGCCACCAUGUUAGGCAUUAAUGAGAAUUUUUAGUUGUAAUUCUGUCUCUAUCAGUACCAAAAGUUUUACUUUUGUUUUGUUGUUGUUGUUUUUAGCAUGUCCUAAAGGCCCUCUCUUUUUCAUUUUCAUAGCGUACAUAUGAAUUCAAUUCUUUAUAGAUACAGCCUUUCAAAACUUUCACUACACUUUGAGGUUUACUUUCAUUUUUUUAAAACUUAUUUUCAUUUGAUUAUUUUAUGUGUAUGGGUAUUUUGCCUGCGUUUAUGUAUGUGUUCUACAUGCAUUCAGGGUCCAAUAAAGUCAUAGGCAUUGGCUUCCCCGGAACUGGCGGCAGAGACAUGUGGGUGCUGGGAAUCGAACCUGGGUCAUCUGGAAGAGCAGCCAGUGCUCUGAGCCCUAAGUCACCUUUCCAGUCCCAUGGUUUGCUUUAUUAAAUUUCAGUUUCCAUCUAUUGUUAAAAUAUUCAGGGUUGGCAUUUUCAAUUGCCAGGUAAACGAAGUUUUCAUAGAUUGUUCCAGCAUUUUGUUUUACGAAGUAGUCAUUAGAAAAGUAACUAAGACAAGCAGUGACCAGUUUCUAGUCUUUUAAAUUAGGAUAAUUACUGCCUUUCACAGAAAAUUACAAAUAUGGAUUAAUACAGAUAAAAACAUUAUUGAUGAUUCUUAGGGAACAGAACACAGAAUUGUAAUGCUAUUGUGCCUACUUUUAGAUAGUCUCAAAUCUGUCCAUAUUUCUCAGUAGAAUAUACAUGUAUGCAUCUACACCAAGUACACAAACAUAAUUUUACUUAGUAUUUUUGUUGCUUUCAUCCUGUAGAGGGAAUGGACAGUCAGAACUGUAUUCUUGCUUUCUCUAAGAAUUUACACUGAGUGAAGAUGCUACAGGGAUGAUGAUACAAGGAAGGAAAAGAGAGAAAGAAUGAUGGGGCUUGGAUGUUCCUGGAAAUCUAUGGGCCAGCUGAGCCAAAUACUGUGUGCACAGUUCUCUUUGUCCUCCGGUGGAAACUGCAUAUAAUCUCCACUUUCCCAAGACUCUACUUUGUUGACAGAAGAAUCCAGAAGAGAACUGGUCAACUCUUGAAAUUUUAAGUCAUGGCCCAAGAGCUGGUAACGUUCAGAGAUGUGGCUAUAGACUUCUCUGAGGAAGAGUGGGAGUGCCUGAAUAUAGAACAGAGGACUUUAUACACAGAUGUGAUGAUGGAGACCUACAGCCACCUCAUCUCAGUGGGUGUGAUGAUGGAGACCUACAGCCACCUCAUCUCAGUGGGAUUCUGUGUUCAUCUGCCACACCUGUUCUCCUUAUUAGAAAAAAGAAAAGACCCAAGGAUGAUUUUGAUGGAUGAGACAAGAGGACUUUAUCCAGACAUAGAUUUCAGUUAUCAGAACAAGAAGUUAUUGAAAAACACUAACACAUAUGAAGAAUCAUCUCAAUGGGAAAUGAAGAAAUUUUUUAGAAAACACAGUCUUGAAGAUUUAUGUUUUGGAGAUGAUUGGGAAGACAAAAAUCGAUUUCAAACACAUCAAAAUCAGGAAUACUUCAAGCAACUGACACUUACCUGUGGAAAAAUGCUCACUGUGAACCAACAUACAGUUUUGAGUCACCAGAGACUUAAUACAGGAGAGAAAGCAAAUGAAUUUAAAUGUGAAAAAGCCCUCAGUUUUGGAUCAGACCAUAUUCAUCCUCAGUUAACUCACCCUGGUAACAAAUUCCAUGAAGAUAAGGACUGUGGGAAAUCCUUUCUUCCUUAUUCAGAACUCACUCACUUUCAGCAAGUUCUCUGUGGUAAGAAAACUCAUCAACGGAAGGAAUCUAGAGAGCCAUUCAGUUUGCAUUCAAGAAUAUUUGGCCUUCAGGGAAUCCAUACUGGUGAGAAAUCUUAUGAAUGUAAGGAAUGUGGAAAAUCCUUUACUUUGAAGUCAAACUUAACCCGACAUCACAGAAUUCAUACUGGUGAGAAGCCAUAUGCAUGUGAUGACUGUGGAAAGGCCUUCACUCAGCGAUCACAUCUUACUUCACAUCAGAAAAUUCACACUGGAGAAAAAGCUUAUGUAUGUGGAGUCUGUGGUAAGGCUUUUAAUCGUGGCUCAAGCCUGACUAAGCAUCAGAACAUUCAUUAUCAUGUGAUUAGUGCUGGCAAGAAAAUAUAUGAAUGUAUAGAAUGUGGCAAGGGUUUUAAUAGGCAUUCAAAUCUCACUCGCCAUAAGAAACUUCAUGCUAGAUCAGCUCUUACUAGUCAUAACAGAAAUCAGGCUGGAGAAAAACCUUUUAGAUAUAAGAGAUGUGGAAAAUCUUUUAGAUUUCCUUCACAACUUAGUUUACAUAGACAAAUUCAUACUGGUGAGAAAUCUUAUGAAUGUAAGGAAUGUGGAAAAUCAUUUACUUUGAAGUCAAACUUAGCUCAACAUCACAGAGUUCAUACUGGUGAGAGGCCGUAUGCAUGUGACGACUGUGGAAAAGCCUUCACUCAGCGAUCAUAUCUUACUUCACAUCAAAAAAUUCACACUGGAGAAAAAGCUUAUGUAUGUGAGGUUUGUGGAAAAGGUUUUAAUCGCAGCUCAAACCUGACUCAGCAUCAGAAUAUUCAUUAUGUAGUUAAUGCUGGCAAAAUAAUAUAUGAAUGUAAAGAAUGUGGCAAGGGUUUUAAUCGGCAUUCAAAUCUCACUCGUCAUAAGAAAACUCAUGUGGGAGAGAAACCUUUUAAAUGUAAGGAAUGUGGAAACACCUUUAUUCAAAAAUCACAUCUUACCAAACAUCAGAGAAUCCACACUGGUGAACGUAACAAGUCUUUUUCUGUCCCACCAGCCAGCUCCCAAAUAAUGACAUAGAGACUUAUUAAUGAUGAAAGCU